AUGGAAUUUAAGUCUGUGAUUCAGUCGGGAGCCCGCAGAAGUAUUGGUGAUGGUCAAAGCACAAAUAUUGGCUUCGAUCCGUGGCUAGCAAUUGCGGAUAGUCCUUAUGUAAGUACUGAGUUGCACGAAUCAAUUCGCAAUGCUCCUGUAUGUUCUCUAUUUGCUGAUGAUGGGUCAGGCUGGGAUGUUGAGUGUGUAAAAGACGUGUUUAAUGUGCAGGAUGCAAACGCUAUACUAAAUAUCCCUGUGUCUCUACAUAAACCACCUAAUGCUUGGGUCUGGACUGGUGAGUCCAAAGGGAACUAUUCAGUUAAAUCAUGCUACAGACUGUUAUGUGGUGAGAUCCAACAGCAUGAGCCGUGGAAUUUAAUCUGGAAACUGCAUGAUCCCCCUAAGGUAAAGUUGUUCUACUGGCAACUUGCCUCAUCUAUUCUCCCCAUGCUUGAUGCUUUGUUAACUAAGCAUAUUCCCUAUGAGUUAAUGUGUCACAUGUGUGGGUAG